ACCAGUACACAUUUGUACAUGAUCAUCGAUAGGCGCCGUCAUAUCGGUCAGCAGCAGUCCGCACUCCACGCACUUUCCACUCGUCCAUCUUCAUUGUGAACUAUACACUUCCUACUCCUGCGACAUACCAAAGAACUUCGACUUCUCAUUAUUCAUGGCGUGUUUCAAGGCAUUGUGUUGUUUUUGGCGGCCGCCUUCUCCGAACGACGACGCAGUUGUUCUGCAAGUUCCCGCUCCCGUUGGAGCUGCACAGCCCCCAGCCAGUACAGACAUCCGCGUCCCCGCAAUGACUGAAGUUCCAAUCGAAGCCUCCGACUCCUCCUCAGUCAAUACUGGGGGUGUGCGUGCUGCCACGGCGGUCGAAAAUACCCGCCCACAUUCUCCUGCAGGCCCUAGCCCAAGCAACGUGGGCAUUCCCGCUCCCGCCCCUGCUCAAGGUUCUCUGCCAAGCGUUCCGGGUGCCCUUGCUCCUGUACUGACCGAGGCGCAACCCACGGGUCCACGUUCUCCGGAAGAAAGUGUGGACACUCCCGUUCCUGUACACACUGAAGAAGUACCCACCGUGUCAGCCUCCGCACGCUCUGGGUUGCGCUUAGAUCCUGCGAAAGCUAGAAAGUACAUCAAUCGCAUCGAUCGCUUUCGCAUUCUCGUCAUGGGCAGAGCCAAUGCAGGUAAAACAACAAUUCUGCAGAGGGUUUGUAAUACUACGGAUAAACCAGAAAUUUUUAAUGGAAAAGGAGAGAAGGUGGAUGCUACUGUGGUGCAGGGUUUAACAACGCGUGGCUACCACAACAUCGAGGAUGAGCUAGUCUUUAAGAGUAAUCCGCGCUUUGUAUUCCAUGACUCGUGUGGAUUUGAGGCUGGAAGAAGAGAGCAGUUUGACGUGAUCAAGAAAUUUGUGAUGGAUCGUGCCAAGACUACCAAACUUGACAAGAGAAUCCAUGCCAUAUGGUAUUGUAUUCCUUUGAGUGACAGGCACAGGAUGGUCAUGGCUGCAGAAGAGAAGUUUUUUGGAGAGUGUGAUACAGGGCAUGUUCCUGUAAUUGUAUUGUUAACAAAAACAGAUACCUUGGCCUUGCAUGCUUUUUUGGAGCUCAGUGAAAAGGGUAUGAGUGACGAUGAUGCAAUGAAAGGGGUUGCAGAGGUGGAAAGCAGGAAUCUGAAUGAGUAUCUUGUAAUGGUCAGGGGUUGGUUGGAUAAGUUACAGUUUCCACCCCAUGACUAUCUGUCACUCACUGGGAUGAACAAAGAGGAUGCUGAGUGUACACCCCUACUAACAUGCACAGCAAAUGCUUUAAGUGAGGAAGGACUGCAGCAGCUCCUCAUAUCAUCACAGCAGUCAAACCUGGAACUGUGUAUGGAGUUUGCAAUAACAUGAAGUACAUGACUGGUGCUAUUGACAAGAUUAUACCAGCAGUCCUU